GGAGAACACCGACGACAAGGUAUUCCAGCGGCCAGAGGGAGAACGCCGAUUGGAAUUCCGGCGGCUUGCAAUUUUCCGGGCGCUUUCGCCCAGUAAAAGCCUAUCGGCUUUAAAAAACAUUUACUCGAUGAGUGCUCAAAAUACAAGAAUACUGAGCCAAAUAAUGAUUGGACGAACAUACACUAAAAGUUUGAGGGAAAUGAUGAAUGACUGUUCGAGUAAAAUCGACAAUCCCUUACCCUUUUCUUUAAUUAACUUUCCAAAUUCCUAUAUCCACUACUUUAUAUUGAGAGUAGAGUAUGCGCAAUUAUUUUAUAAAUUCAAAUAAUCACUCGGCUACCUUCAUGGCCGGACGAAAAAAAAAAGACUCGCAAUUUCAAUUGUAGCAUUACACAGACCACUGGAAUAGCGCAGUGAAGCAGGCCGUUUUCUUAUCAACAGAAGAUGGGCAUCCCUUACUUCAGCUUGGCACCUGGACUGAAUGUCUCAAAGCUUUGCCUUGGCACCAUGACAUUUGGGCAGCAGAAUUGCUUCCAGGAAUCAUGUGAGCUUUUGGACAGGGCUUCAGCUGCUGGCAUCAAUUUCAUCGAUGCUGCUGAAAUGUACCCUGUGCCACAACAUCCCAAUACACAGGGAAAGACUGAAGAGUAUAUUGGACGUUGGCUUAGGAUCCGAAAGCUACCUAGGGACCAUUUUGUUUUGGCAACAAAGGUCACAGGACCAUCUGGACAAAUGACUUGGAUUCGUGAUGGACCUAAAAGUCUUGAUGCAUACAACAUUGAAGAAGCUAUUGAUAAUAGUUUGUUGCGGCUAGGUACUGAUUAUAUUGAUCUUUAUCAGAUCCACUGGCCUGACCGCUAUGUGCCCAUGUUUGGAGAAACUGAGUAUGAUCCUACACAGCAAUAUGCGGCAGUGCCAAUAGAAGAGCAACUAGAAGCUCUUGGGAGGGCUUUUAAUGCUGGGAAGAUCAGAUAUGUUGGGGUUAGUAAUGAGACACCUUAUGGUGUAAUGGAGUUUUGCAGGCUUGCUCAACUAGUUCCUCAUUACCCAAGAAUAGUGUCAAUUCAGAAUGUAUACAACUUGCUUUGCAGAAAUUUCGACGCAGGUUUAGCAGAAUGCUGCCACCAUGAGAGAGUGAGGUUGUUGGCAUACAGUCCUCUAGCAAUGGGCCUGCUUUCUGGAAAGUAUUUUGCUGCUGAUGGAGGUCCAGUUGAUGCUCGCUUUAAUGUCUUCAAAGACUUUGGUAUUGCCAUUGGAAAAAAACAGGACGAUAUGCAGAAGGGGAAUCACGAUACAGUCUAUCCAAGAACAGUGUUAUUGCUGCAAUCAAGGCAAGGAUAUCUGCAAAUAGCCAAAAAAUAUGGUAUUAAUCCUGUGGGACUUGCAAUAGCAUUUGUUCUUCGACAUCCUUUAGUGGGCAGUGUUAUUUUCGGAGCAACAAAACCUUGGCAACUGAGAGAGGUUUUAGAUGCAUAUAAUUUUCCCCUAACUACACAAAUAUUUUGUAUUCCUGAUGUUGGAUCAUGGCAGGGGUUAUUUCUCACCAUAAAUGAAUUGCUUACUUUUGUAGUUGUUGGUCAUGACUUGUGAUUCAUGAAUGUAUUGUUUUCUUCACUUUGGGAGCAGAGACAUAUAUUAAAAGCAAAUCAGAUGAAGCUAUAUUUUAUCUCAAAUUAAAAAGCUAGUAAAUUCUGUUACAAUUCUAUCUUAAGUA